AAAUGGCGUUUUAAAAUUGUUUGUCACUUCCUCUCGUGACGUCACUGUGUUUGUGUUGAGCGAGCGGACACAGUGGCAGAUUAGCUCCAAACCUGCAGCUGUUUUCACUUCGUGCAGCCAUCUCAUCUCGGUGUGGCGUUACCCAGUCUGGGUGAAAUGUCCUGUUGUUCCACAUGAGCUCUACUAUGUGGUACAUCAUGCAGAGUAUUCAGAGCAAAUACUCAUUGUCGGAAAGGCUCAUUCGAACCAUAGCGGCCAUUCGCUCCUUCCCACAUGAUAAUGUGGAAGACCUUAUACGCAGGGGCGCAGAUGUGAACAGGAUGCACGGCACGCUGAAGCCCCUGCACUGUGCCUGUAUGGUGGCUGAUGCUGAUUGUGUGGAGCUCUUGCUGGAGAAAGGCGCAGAGGUAAAUGCCUUGGAUGGUUACAACCGCACUGCCCUGCAUUACGCAGCAGAGAAGGACGAGGGUUGUGUGGAGCUGCUUCUAGAAUACGGGGCCCAGCCAAAUGCGCUGGACGGAAACAAGGAUACCCCACUGCACUGGGCCGCCUUCAAAGAUAACCCAGAGUGCGUACGGGCCCUGUUGGAGAGCGGCGCCUGUCCGAAUGUCCGCGAUUACAAUAACGACACGCCCCUCAGUUGGGCGGCCAUGAAGGGCAACCUGGAGAGUGUACGUGUGCUGCUCGAAUACGGCGCUCAAGUCCACGUCACCAACCUAAAGGGCCAGACGCCCAUCUCGCGGCUGGUGGCGCUGCUGGCUCGGGGCCUGGGCACGGAACAGGAGGAAGAGUGCCUGGAGCUGCUUUGCCGUGCCGCCGGGAGGUUCGAGAUCCGCAGGGCCGACGGCUCCUUACCGCGUGAGCUCACUAAAGAUCCUCAGUUACUGGCUCGACUCACUAACCUGGUAGCCCAGCCGCCCUCGUUGCGAGCCUUGGCGCGCUGCGCUGUUCGUAAUAGCCUGGGGGUCCAGUACCUCCCGUCUGCGGUGAAACAGCUCCCGCUUCCAGAGUCAGUGAAAGAAUAUGUGCUCCUCAGAGACUGAGCGAGAAGACUGUGCUUAAUGUCAGGCGUGGAGGAUAUGGAUGUCUUCUGUGUAUGUGAACAUGUGAUUGUAAUCAGACUGCAAUCUGAAGUGUGUCUGUCCAUAUACAGUGAGUGAGUAAGUUGCCCAUUUAGGUUUUUUUUUGGUUUUGUUGCUAUAAUGUCAUCAAGCAAAUUCAGACUUGGGUUGUAGUACGAUUAUGUGCUUUGGUGUAAAGAAAUGGUGAUCUGGUAGGAGAAAGAUGUCGAUAAUGCUAUUGUGAACCCAUAAUGUUAAAAUAGCAACAGAUGUGAAAUAUUCUAAAUGCAAAGACACAAAAUUAUUUAAAAAUAUUAUUUACAAGUAAAUGCAGUGGAAACAAAAUAACACUUUAACAGCACUUAAGUUAUAAUCAUAUAUUACAUUUUUGUGUUUCAAACUUCUUUGUUAGUUUUUUUUUUUUUUAUGCUCUAAUGUUUGAUGUUUUUAAAGGAAAUAACUGAAGCCUCUAGAUCAAGUUUUAAAGUAAAAUAAAUAUUAACAUUUUUGUUAAAUCAUUUUAUGAGGUUUCCCAGUCAUCGAAAAUAAUUUCAUCCUGGAAAAGUUGGGAAAAUUUGUGAAAAA